AUGGCUAGACGCUACCUUCUCUCGAAACAAUGGAGGGCCUAUGAGGCUACUAGCAGAGUCCAUACUCGGACCCGCUUCAUUGUCGUGGAGCAACAAGGCUCGAAUUCCGGGUCCUCUCACGGCAAGGAACGUCACGAAAAGAAUGAACCUGAAGAGCCAAGCCAUGGCUGGAAACCUACCUUUUGGAGAGUCAUCGAGGGCAGCGCUACGGCCUUUGGCUCCAUCGCUGUCCUCGGUCUGGCAGGGUACUCCUAUCACGCCUACUACAAAGACCUGGUCCUGCGAAAGAUGGAUAAUGCUUUUGGCGUCGGCUUCUCAACGCCGGAGUUGACAGCUCUUGGACGUCACGUGGCUCCUCACAAGCUUCAUGCCCUUGAUGAUUUCACGGGUCUGGAGGGUGAAAAUGAGUGGAUCCCCCGAGCAGAGCAAGAGCACAUUGAUGGCAUCAUCGACGGGAGUAUUCGAGGCCAAUACCACUUGAUCACGGGAGAAAAGGGAACCGGGAAGAGCUCAAUGAUUCUGAAGGCGAUGCGCAGGGUCAACGGCUCAGGGAUUGCCAUGCUGGAAGCCCAUAGCGAUCUCGAGGUCUUUCGUCUCCGCCUGGGGAAGGCCCUCGACUUUGAGUUCCACGAGGACUAUAUCGGGAGCUUGUUCAGCUUCAAGGGCCCUCGUGAUUCCACCGCCAUCCUCGACAUCGAAAGAGCCUUCAACAAGAUGGAGAAGGUGGCCCUGAUGCGGCAAAGACAUAUCCGGAAGCCGCUGGUCUUGAUCAUCAAUCGCGUUCACGUCCUCCGAGACGACGAUGAUGGACGCGAACUACUCGAGCUGAUCCAGCAGCGGGCAGAAAUGUGGGCGGCAAGUCGCCUCGUCACGGUAGUUUUCACGAGCGACGACCACAGUACUACUGAGCACCUCAAAUGGCAAGCGACGCGGAUAUCCGUGACUGAUGUCCGCGACGUGCCCCGCGAGCCUGCUCUCGAAGCUCUGAAAGGAUUCCGGCAAAAGGUCUUCAAAGAAGAUGUGUCCAGCGAUCUCCUGGAUCAAGUCUACAAGAUGGUUGGCGGACGCGUCCGGUUCCUGGACCACGUCGCCAGAUCAAAAGACAUGCUCGCGACUUGCAAGUUCAUCUGCGACAGGGAGAAGCGUUGGCUCUUGGGCCAGUGCUGGAUCUUGGGCGGCGACAUGGAUCCGGACGCCGAGGAUCAACAAGACCACGCCACUACGGCGUUCUUGCUAGCCAAGGCGUUGAUCGAGAAGGAGAAGGGUAUGAAGCAAGAGGAUGUUCUGGCCGGCAAGCUCCCGGAGAUGCCCCUCCACGAGGCGAGGCAACUUAUGACGAGGGCCGAUUUCAUUCAGAAGCAUGACCACUUUAACAUCUUCUCGAUCGAUUCCAACUCCAUGGUUCGAGCAGAUUCUGUCCCGAUGCAUAAUGCCUUUCGGGAAAUCUGCUCUCAAGAGGGCUUCGACGAGCUUCUUGAGGCCACCUUGGAGAGACUGGAUGAGUUGGAGGGUCUCCAGAGGACCAGGGAGAUUGUAAUGAAGGACUUGGCCAACGAGGGCCAAUUCCAAGCCAUGAUUCGCCAGGCCAAGGCAGGAGGAGACCCCUUGACGGUCACCGUAAAGGCUGUAUCAACUAAAGAGUAG